UAAUAUUUACUAAUCUACGUUUUUCUUGUUUAUUUUUUAUUUUUAUUUUUUUAAAAAGUUAUUUUUUCGCGGUCAAAUGUCUCUUUUCCUUCUCUUUUCUUCCCUCUAUAUCUCCCACUUCCUCCCACCUUCUUCACUAAGAAAGCCUCUUCCUUGCCUUUACAUCCAUUAGCUUCACCAUUUUCUCUCUUGCUUCGAAGGGCUAUAUAUCCAAAUUUUGUAAGUAUUAUCCAUCAAAUCUCAAUUCAAGAUUCUGUCGGUUCUGUUUAUAACUAUCUAUCUCCUUUUAACAUUUUGCCCAUUUUACUUUGUUUAAGCAACUGAUCUUACAGACCCAUUUUCUGUUUUUAGCUUCCUUCAUCUUCUACUCCUAAAAAGGACAGUGAAUGUUUCACUUCCUCAAACUUCAAACACAAUUGGGUGUCAAGCUACUUUCAUGUUUGUGGUUUCUGUUUCCUCAAACAUAAGCAACCGUUUUCAAAGCCUUUCAGAGUCCUCUGUUUCCUUCUAGCAUUAGCCAUUUGCUACAAACUGAAUUCUUUUUUGGUGAAUUCCUUGUCUUUUACUUUCUAAUGGAGAAGACCAUGGAUUUGGAGCAAAAGAAUCUAAUCAGUGAGCUAAUCCAAGGGAAGGAACUAGCAAAGCAGCUCAAGAGACAGAUUGAACUUUGUUCAUCCCAAGAAACGAGAGAUUUAUUGGCUGCACAGAUAGUAUUGUCCUAUGAAAAAGCGAUUUCGCUGCUUAAUCAGAGUGCUUUUCAUGGAGAAACCAAGCCCACAAUAGAAUCCCCGAGUCCCUUUGGCAGCCCAAGAAGUGAGAUCUGUGAUCAAGAUUCUGACCAAAAAGAUAUCUUCAAGAAAAGGAAAACAAUGCCCAGGUGGACUGAGAAAGUGAAGGUUUGCUCGGAGUCAGGGCUUGAUGGACCUACAGAUGAUGGUUAUUGCUGGAGGAAGUACGGCCAAAAAGAUAUUCUUGGAGCUAAUUAUCCAAGGAGCUACUAUAGAUGUACACAUAGGUAUGUUCAAGGUUGUUUGGCUACAAAGCUAGUUCAAAGGUUGAAUGAAGACGCAUCGAUUUUGGAAGUAACAUACCGAGGACGGCAUACCUGUAGGCAAUCCUCUCAUUUAGCCACGGCAUCAGCAACACUAAACAAACAAGAGUUUAAACAAAAAGAAAACGAAAUUACUUUUCGACAACAUGAAAAGGAAAAGCCAAAGCAGCCGCAGAAAAUGUUGAGUGAUAACGUAGCAGGGCUUAAAGUGAAAACAGAGGACUUGGACACGAGGGAGGAUGACAUUUUUCCAUUAUUUUCUUUCCCUUCUACAUCAACAGAAUGUGAAUAUGUGGAAAACCAAAUUUUCUCCGAGUCAAUGAUGGAAAACAACUUCAUGGGUAGUUUUUCUCCACCAUUUAUAUCUCCAGCAACGUCAGAAUCAAACUACCUCUCUGUUUCACCUUUCCGCUUGAUCAACUUUGGACUAAGAGACAAUGUCCAAAUUUCCGAAUCCGAACUCACCGAGAUACUGUCAGCCCCUACAUCAGUCGCCAAUUCGCCGAUCGGGGACCUGGAUUUCCAACUCAAUGAGGAUGAUUUUCAAUUGAAUUUCUCCUUCGACAACCAUGAACUUUUCUCCUAAGUGUUCUUCAAUCCUGAAUAGUUCAGUUUACUGGAUAAGCAAUGAGGUUGAUGAUCCUGCCAGCAUAUUAACAUCUACGAAAAGAAUGUUGAUACGUAUGGUGGCCAUUUCAAAGCAUAGAAUAUGACAUGAUUAUGGCUCUGAUGCUGGCCAAGAGAGUUUUUUUCCUUUUUCCUAGGCAGUCUAAUUGAUUUAUAAUUUUUAUUUUUAUUUUUGGUGCAAGAUGAUAAGUGGUAAGUUGUUGAGGGAUAAAAUUUGCAUUCUUGCUGCCAUGUAAAUUGUUAAAUUCUAGUAAUAGUGAUAAAUCAUGCAAAAUGAAGAUGAAUCUAAAAUUCACUUGGCUUGAUAAA